UUCUGUUUCUAAAUGUUGGGACUGAUGGACACUGAACUCUGGGGGUUAUUUGAACAUUCAUUGUGAAGUGGUUUACUGUAAAAGGAGCGUCGGAAAUCCCACCUGUCUUUGCGCACAGAGGCCAUUAAUUAAAGGAAUGCUGAAAGAAUGCUGGAAGUCGAGAAAAAGAAGACUAAAUAUCUAUCCGACAUUCUGAUGAAUGUCGGAUAUCCAGUACAACUACUAUAAGAACACGUAAGGCAGAGCGAGACGACAAAGAAGGAGGAAAGGAAGAAGAACCCAAGUGGCCGGCUCCCUCCAGCAGAACAUUUUUUCUUCUUCAUAUAAGACUAAGGUAACAAAACCAUCUAGCAGCACUUCCUGUUUAUUUGGACACAUAAACAGGCUCUGACCCUACAACCAUCACAACCACCAUGUUGACCGAUAAACACGAAGCGGCAGCUAACCCUGGGCAACCGAAGGGGGACCCUUUGUGUCGACGUCUGUCCAGUCGUGCCCUCAUCUUCCUUCUCCUCACACUCUCUGGUCUCAGCUUCCUGUUGCGCAACAUUCUCACUCUGGAGAACCUGAGCUACAACACCGCGUCUAUGCUUUUUCAGCCCCAGAACAGCAGCCGCCACCCUGCCUUAGCCCAGAAGGGACCCCUCCCUCCGUACAACAACCACACCAUCUGCAGCCACCUGGAGCCCACCCCCGACGAAGCCCUGGAGGACCGCGCCCUCCUCGAUGCCAUCGCCUGGCCCAAGCCCCCCGCCCCCACGUCCCUCAACCAGACCAGCGACCCCGUCCACAGCCUGUUCGCCAUUCUGCCCUCCAAGGGCGGGAGGGAGCGGCGUGUGGGGGACCAGCUUGAGGCCCUGGUCCAGAUGCUGGACUUCCAGGGCCGUCCCAAGCACUACGGGGGGGACUUCCUGCUGGCACGGCUGGACUCCCCGGAUCUGGGGGCAGGAGUGGCGGGCACGGUGGUGGACCACCUCAACGGCUUCUACUCGGCGCUGUUCCCCCUGCUGUGGGAGGGUCCGGCCCAGGUGACGAUCACCAUGGUGCACUCCAGCGAGGCGGUGGCCGUGCUGCAGCGGCUCCGGGAGCAGCGGUCCGACCGCAUCUUCUUCCAGAGUCUGUUUCGCUCGGGCGAGCUGUCUGAGGCCUCCAUGUGCAACAUGUGCCUGCCGCACAAUCGGCCGCAGGAGCCGCUGUGCAACUACACAGACCUCCACACCGGAGAGCCCUGGUACUGCUUGAAGCCCAAGCGGCUGAGCUGUGACACCAGGAUCAACCAUCACAGGGGAGGCAACAAGAAUGACCUCGUCACCCACAAAGAAGCGCUGCUCUUUCAGAGCCAUGUAAACAUCAAAGUUGUCAUCAAUGCGUCAGGAUCUGAUCGGAUAGAUGUGCUUCCAAAGAAGAUAGAUGACCAAGAAUUAGAAAACCCCAGCAUCGAACCAGGGCCGGUCAAGUACAAUCCUGCUGGGUAUUACUACAAAGGCUCCUGGAGGUCAUUCGAUGGAACACCUGUUCGCCAGUUUGACGCCAAAUCGAUCACCCAGUGCCUGACUGGCAAGGUGAUCAAUAUGUACGGAGACUCCACGAUGAGGCAGUGGUUUGAGUACCUCAGAGCGUUUGUACCAGAGUUCAACCUGCGCAGCACAUCGUGGACAGGGCCCUUCAUGGCGGUGGACAGUGAACACAACAUCCUGUUGAAGUACCGCUGUCACAACGUACCCAUCGGCUUCCCCACCAUCAUCGCCAGCGAGCUCCGCUACGUGGCCAACGAGCUGGACCGCUUGCCUGGAGGCCCCAACACCGUGGUGGCCCUCAGCCUCUGGGCCCACUUCACCCCCUACCCCGUGGAGGUAUACAUACGCCGCAUGCGGCACAUCCGCCGGGCGCUGGAACGGCUCCUGGCCCGGGGCCCCGGCACCCUGGUGGUCAUCCGCUCAGCUAAUUUAAGGGCCCUGGACAAGGAGCUUAGCCUGAACCACAGCGACUGGUUCUCGCUGCAGCUCGACAGGGUUCUCAGGAACAUGUUCAUGGGCCUGGCUGUUGUGUUUGUGGACGCCUGGGAGAUGACCUUAGCCCAUCAUAGCCCUCACAAUCUCCACCCGCCCCCGGACAUCAUCAAGAACAUGAUCAAUCUCGUCCUGACUCAGGUGUGUCCUGCAGAGAAGAGCUAGUGGAAGAAAGGGAGAAAAGUUGGAAGAGGUGUGCCGUCCAAGUGCUUGGAACAUCGUUGGUCUAUCAUGAUUCUCUUGCCAUGAACAAAUUAACAGGGUUCAUACACUUUUGGACCAAUGGAUUUCCAUGACUUUUCCAUGACUUUUCCAUGACUUUAAACCAAAUUUCCAUGACCAAACAUUUUGUGAAAUCUCGGUGUUAACGUGCAAAAGUGAUAAAAUGUAGUAUUAAAACUAACAAUGGGAAUUCGGAGGCAUACUGUAUACAUUAAAUGACACAAAAUUGAGAGACAAUAGUUUGAUUUAAAGAAUGAACAUUUAUAAAUAUACUGGUUGCAUUCACAGCACUGACAUCAAUAAGAGCUUUAGUAUGCAGAAGCAUCCAGCUAGUGCAAACAUUGAUUUCCCUUUUCUAGUGCAAAAUGUAACGGAACAGUUGGCAACUAAAUCUUUGACCAUUAAUCAACCAAAACAAUUUCACAUUUAAACAGCUUUAUAAAACACGAUGUAUUUUGUCUCAACAUCGGCGCCAUCCCAUAGCCUCACAUGUAAAUCCAUCUGUUUGGACUGUCAAUAACUAUUCAGGCUUUUGUCGAAGAGAAUGACGUAUGCCCUUUGCUUCAUUACGUUGGACAACGUCAGACUCCUGAAGUGGGGAGCGAGACCGAAAGAGCAGAGGAACGAGCAUUUGCUUUCGCCACAAGCAAACUGUGUUGCUAUCUGGCUAUCGGGGAACAUUCUUUGAAAGAGCAGGCUAGCAUCUUCAGAUGACUUAAACGAAUAAUGCGAAUUAGCCACCUUCAGUGCCCACAUUACCUCCGCAGUAGACCAAAGAGAGAGACGUGCUGUUUGCCGUAGCAGUUGCCCUGGCUGUGGUGGUGAGAAAGCCGGUGCUGCUCCGCUAGCAGCAGCGCUCUGGUGUUUAGCGCCUUUCGCAUGGCUCGUUAAUGCCGCCUCUCCCAUGUUAGAUAUGUCAAACGUUUUGUCACCACAUAACCUACAUUUAGCUCGGCCCGGGUCUUUGUCGGAUGAAACCCAUGACAUAUAUUUCUCAUUUCGCAACCAAGCAUUGUUGAACCUACACUUCCCUGGCAUUUUGAAUAAUUUUGGCUUCCCUCAGAUACUGUUGCUAUGGCCAACAAACGUUUCAGUUGCGUAUGUUUUAGUUUCAGCGCGUGCCUGUUUAUACUUUGAGCGUAUUUCAUUUAAAGGCAUAUUCAUGAUUUAAAACUCAGCGUAAAUGAACGACAAGAAAAUAUGAAUAAAAAAAAAUUCCAUGACUUUUCCAAAACUUUUGGGACUUUAUUUUUUUCAAGCACUUUUCCAGGCCUGGAAUUAACCAUUUUAAAAUUCCAUGACUUUCCCAGGUUUUUCAUGACCGUACGAACCCUGAAUUAAAUCUGUUUCGUUUGGUUAUUUUCUUUGGCAAUACAUGAGUCCCAAGAACCUGUUGCAUGUCUUGUGCUGUCUUACUUUUUUUUUUUUUUUUUUUCAAUAAAUGAUGGUUCAGUAAACCCACUUUCCCCAUCAUCUGUUAUUCCAGGUCAUUAUAAUUCCUCAACCACUCGCUCAUCUGCCGUCCAUAACCCAGCCAUUUUUCAUCUGUGACAGCCCUCACUACCCCUAGACAAGGUGGUUGCAACAGAGAGUGUGGAUGAAAAUUUUCACUUGUUGGGCCAAUGGUGUCGCUCUUGCAAUCGUCCAAAAUGAAAACUUUGAAAAGCAUAUCUCCUGACACUUUUGACUUAGUCAUGAAACUUGGCUCCUCAUGAUAAACAUUAAAUAGUUUGUGAAUAAAGCAGGGAUCGACAUUCACUUUUUGAGGCACUUUUCCUUUGGAAAAGGAUUUAGAUUGCACUUAUCCAGGCACAAAGGUCACAUGUCCGGGUAAAAACAAAAAUUAACUUUUUUUCAUGUUGUCUGCAAACGUGGACUUCAGACGAACAAACCUUUUAAAGCCUCCAAACGACAACAUAUAACAAAUAGAUCAACAUAUAAAUUAUUCUGUUAUGAUUUUUUAAAGGGUUACCUAGCUUUACUUACCACGAAAAAGGAGAACAUUGCAAUAAAAAAAAUGAUUUAAAUUAAAAAUAUAUAAUAUUCGUUAGGGUUACAUUCAACAUUUUACAACAAUUAACAAUUGUACUCCUCAGUUUGAAACGUUAACUGAUGAUAUUAAAGGCCCACUAUGCACCUUCGGGCAUUUCUUGGCUGUUUUCUUGGUUUUGGCACGCACAUUUCUCUACACAGCGC